AUGGUUUUUGAGCCAUUUCUAAAGCGUCUCGCGGAUAGAGGCCACAACUUGACGGUGGCAUCAUUUUUCCCAAUCAGAGAUCCACCGCCGAAUGUCCAUGAAAUCAGCUUCCAAGGAAUAUAUGAGAUAAGACUAGAGUGUAUUGAUUUAAACAACUUUGAAAACGAGAAUAUCUUUUACAGAGUUCCAAUAUUAGGUAGUGUUGCAAAACAGAUAUUACCACUCCAACCAUUCGCAAAUGGAGCGGUAAAAAUUUGUGAACGUUUAUUAGAUUUUCAGCCACUUCUCGAGGCUUUGAAAGGUGAUUAUGACCUGGUGAUAGUGGAGAAUUUUAUGGGCGAUUGUAUGCUGGGUUUAUCUUAUGCAUACGGUAUAAAGGCACCUAUAAUAGCUCUACUGUCGGGAACACGUAUGCCUUGGACGAUGGAACGUGUCGGUGCUGUCGAUAACCCAUCCUAUGUCCCUACUAUAACAACCUCCUUUACAUCGCAGAUGUCUUUCACCCAAAGACUAGAGAACAGCCUGGUCAGCAUUGGCCUACGCGAAUGGUUCAACAGAGAGAUUUUGAUAAAAGAAAGAAAGAUUUUAGAGAAGAAAUUCGGCAAUAUUCCGGACUUGCGUGAGCUUGGCAAGAAUAUGUCUGUGAUAUUAUUAAACUCGCUUCACGUACUCAGUGGGGCUAUGCCUCUCGUUCCUGGGCUGGUGGAAGUUGGAGGGAUGCACUUAAGCAGCGAGAGAAAACCUAUACCACAGGUAUUUGUAGUUGUAGAAUAUAUUUAUUUAUAG